AGCUAUUUUCGUUUUGCCUUCGUCUAGUCCGCAUCGGUUUCGUACGACAGAACUGCCUACCGUUGGAAAAUCACAAUCAGCAGGGCAAAUUACAAUAACUGCAAGAACCUGCGACAGCUACAAACGGAAUUAAAUCGAAGCACACGGCAAAACGCAGCGAAAAGCCCGAGAAAAGCUAGCAAUGACAAAAUAAUUUGAAUUUGCUUGGCAGUCAACGCGCAUAAUCGUAGCCAUCGCACCCAUACACGUGCACUCGCUCAAACACACAGACGGGCGGCGCGGCGAGAGUGUGUGCGUGUGCCAGCGGGUGAGGUUUUUGCCGAGGGGGGUGGUGAGUGGGCGCAGCAGCAACAACACGAAAACAAACACAAAUUGUGCCGUGUAAAUUGCGGGCCGAGAAGCAGGAGAAACACAAACAAUGCGGAUACGCGAGAAACGCAAGUUGCAAAGGGAGCAGCGGGACAGGAAGGAGCAGAGGGAGCAAAAGGACUCCUCGAAGGCGGCGGCUAAGCGGGAGAAGUCUAGCGACGUGGAGGUUCUCACACCAGCUACUGCGCCUGCGCCUGCUUCUGCACCUGCUCCACCACCGGCAUCGGCGGCGACAACAACACCACCCACUUCGGGGACCCCACCCGCGCCCAGUUUGCCGGCGGCCGAGAAGGUGGCCUUCGAUAACCGCAUCAAGCGUAAAAAUGUGCUGGCCCUGAACGAGAAGGUGGCUGCUCUGCGGGAGUACGAUCGGCUGCCGGUGUACAAGCAUGUUGGGCGAAUGUUCAACUGCAGUCCGGAUCAGAUCAAGAGGAUCGUGCAGCAGCGCCAGGAGAUACUCAACGCGUGGGAGCAGCGUACGCGACGCAGCCAGGAUGCCAGGACAAUGGAAACGAAAACCGUACGAGUGUCGAUGCUGGGUAAGGCCGUCUACGACUGGAUUCGCCGCAUGAUGUACUACAAGGACUUCAGCAUCUCCGACGGCCUGAUCCAGAAGAUGGCCCUGCAGUUCAAGAGCUCGAUGGGCCUGGCGCACUUCUUCCCACACCAGGAGUGGUGCGACAAGUUCCGGCGCACAUACAGCAUUAACCACAGCGACACUAAGCAGCUGAAGAUCGGCUACACCCAGAGCUAUUCGGUGCAAAUCAAGGACAUCGUCAAGGACGUUAUGUCGGAGUGCAUGCCCGAAGGCGGUCCGAACAAUGAAGAGGAGGAAGACGAGGAGCCAAGCUUGGGAAGUCCGCUGAGCAGUAGUAAUCAUCGAAGCGAGGACGAGGAUGACGACGUGGAUGUGGACGGUGGCGAUAUCAGCGGCAGGGAAGAUGACCUGGACGAAGGACAGGAUAUAAAGCCCUCCUUGACUGAGCUGAACCUCUCCCGGGCUAUCCAGCCGCUGCCUCCGCUGGUCAGAUUGCCUCUGCAGACCAACACUCCGCCGGGAACCUCCCAAAAAGUGCUCCUGGCCACGCCCAUUGUGCCACCACAGGCGGCAGGCUCUGGUCAGCCCAUGACCAUGACUAUUAUACCACUGGCUACGCUGGCUCAGAGCAUCACGCAGAUUCCUUUGUCGCAGCAGAAGCAGCUGACGGAGAAGGAGAAGGGGCCGGCUGUGCCGCCACCCAAGUUGGAAAUCAAACAGGAGAAGGACAUCAAAACGGAGCCCUGCGACCCAGAGGAGUUUCAUGCAGAACCCCAGCAGCAGCAACAGGAGAAGGAGCGGUCAAACCCCACAGCUGAGGCUCAAACCUCAAACGACAAAGAUUUUGAAACCCUACCCGUGGUACACAUCAAGCAAGAACCGGAGGCAGAGCCGGAAGCGGACAUGGAUCCCGAAGUCGAUGAUCCCGAGGAAGAUGCAAACAAUGGUCGCUCGAGUGUCACCUCGCUGGCCGAGGUUCUUGCCGCCAAUGUCGAGGACGAGAUGGAGUACAUUGAGCAGAUGCGACAGCGCAAGAUGAGUUCACCUCCGACGAUUGGAAAGCCGUCGAGCCAUCGGCAUGGAACUAUGCGCCGGCACGAGUUAGCCCACGACGACAACAACAAUGGGGAGUCUGGCGGAGGACGUGGCAGUGUCAUUAGCUGCGCCGAUGCCCGCAAGUACCUGAAACUCCUCGAGGAGUUUGCUCUCUACAAGGAGAAUUACCGGUUGAUCGGGCUAAUCACACGGGCGGACGAGGUGAUGCGGGAAAUGGACGAUGGGGCGGAAUAGGAUACCCCGAAAGAGGCACAGCUGAAGCCAAAGACAAUGCAUUGGCUAUAUAGAAACUGUCGCAUCUUGAAGAUGCAGUUCGGUCGGAUGCAAUCAAUCAUUAGAUCUAAGGCCACCUUAAUUUGUACUCAAACCAAAAAUAAACGCAAUCAAACCAA